AUGGUGUGCUUAGUUGGGGUGCUUUGCUGCUGGUUUGUGUUGAACUUAUUGCUAAUAAACGUCAACGCGGAAGCUCCAGUCAAUUCAUAUUUACCACCAACGCAUAGCCACGGUCACAAUGGUGACGGUGGUCACCACGAAGAUCAUCACGCAGAUUUAGUACCGCCAUCCAGCAGCUAUGGUACACCCGAUUCAAGUUAUGGUCCUCCUCACCAUCAAUCCGGUUUUCAUCCAGAUCAUCAUGAGUAUGAAGAUCAUCAUGAUCAACAUGGGACUCAUGAUGAUAGUGGAUCGUUUGAAAAUGAGCCAGCAAAGUAUGAAUUUAGCUACGAAGUUGACAACGAUGAUGCUGAUCUUUCGUUUGGACAUGAGGAAAUGCGAGAUGGAGAUUAUACCACUGGAAAGUACAACGUGUUGCUUCCCGAUGGGCGACGGCAGAUUGUUGAGUAUGAGGCUGAUCAUAAAGGAUAUCGACCAAAAAUUACCUAUGAAGGAGGGGACGAGCAUCCUCAUCACCAUGAUCACCCUCAUGAGCACGGUCACGGGCACGAGCACGGUCACAACGGAUACGCGAAGGAAACUCCUCACACACAACUUGGUUAUCCAAGGGAGUCUCAUCAUGGAGACUUGGAGCAUAAUGGUAUUGCUCACGGCGCUAAUGAGUACGAUUCGCAUUCUCAUGACAACGGACACAGCCGAUCUGAUCAUGGCAUUCACGAUGGACACCGAGGCUAUGAUAAUAAUGCUCAUGAAUACCACAGUAACGGUAAUGGUCAUGAACAUGGGCAUGGGCAUAUUGCUCAUAAUGGACAAAACGGAUUUCAAAACAACGGGCACCAUCGAAGACGCAGCAGCAAUUCAAACCAUCACCAUCAUUCGGUAGCUCACCAAAGUAGCGACUUUCGUUACCACAAUGGUUUUAAGAACUUUAACAUACGCAAGAACGUGAACGAUAAUUGA